AACAGUUGUAUAAUUUCUAUGGUUGGUAUUGGCUGUGUUUGAAGAUGUCUUCACAGUCAUUACAUGUUAUUUUAGAGUUUGGCGGAGGAGCGGAAUUACUGUUUAAUAGAGUUAAGAAGCAUGAUGUUAUCCUUCCGGCUUUGGAAGAACCAUGGACAAUAAAGACAUUACUUGCAUGGAUUAAAGUUAAUUUACUGAAGGAAUGUCCAGAACUCUUCCUUCAAGGUGAUUCUGUGAGGCCAGGAAUCUUGGUGCUGGUGAAUAAUGUGGAUUGGGAACUUCUAGGUCACUUGAACUGUCAGCUAAAGGAAAAUGACAAUAUUGUGUUCAUCUCCACUCUGCACGGAGGCUAGAUACUGGUGUUCCUUCUAAAUGAAGGUGUCAAGUGAUUGUUUUGUGCCGUUACCACCACUGCAGCAUCCAUCACGUUUGUGCGACUCACAGAUAUGUGCAUCUUAUCUGAAAGAUUGACUUGUACAUAAGCACUUUUGCAAGAAAUGUUGAAAGCGAAUGAAGGAUGUACCAGGCACCCACCCUACUAAACUGUAGGUUUCCUGUCUUGGCCAUCAUUGCCAUUGUCACCCAACAAUCUAAAUAAACACUCUCCUUAAGGAUUAAUUAUUUAUUCAUGACAAAAAAAGGCACAGUCUAAAAUGGCAAGGUACGGUAACUUCAUGAUGUCUUGCACUUAGGGUCAAAUCUUAAUGGUUCGACGUCACCUUAAAUAUCCGUAAUGUAAGCUGUUGCAUUUCUUCCAAUGUAAACAUAGGGGCAUAAAGAUUAAACUAGCACUACAGGACUACGUAACAGAGUAA